GUACACUCAGUAGUAAAAGUUCGACUAAAAAAAUGCCGCGGAAAGUGAGAAUUACCUAGUCGUUCAUGCAAUUAUUCAAGUAUUUUGACUGUGUUUCAAUUAUACAAUAGUGUUAAAUAAUAUCAAGAAUAAAGGAGAAUGCCAUGGAGGAAAUAAAACUUUUCUCAUAAUUCUCGGGACGAGAGUCAUUUGUGAUUUUUCAGACAUUGGUGGGUCGGUGAUCGUCGCGGCGAACAACGACGCUAUGGCGUCCGUCGUGUAUGCGUGUCAUUAUAUUUAAUUUCUAAUUAACAAAUAAUAAAAUCAAAAUUCUCGUCAUUAAUUCAUUUGUAUACAUUGUCAAAUUUUUCAAAAAAUAAUACAGUCAAUUAUCGUGAAUCAUUGUGCUUCUCAUCGCCGGAUGUGAUUGAUGAAAAACAAACUUUGUGUCUGCUUCUACCCUGUUCUAUCCCCAAUUGACAGAUCCCACCCCAAUUCAAGUAAAGGACGAUGUACUCGAUAUCACUAAUUGGAGUUGAAUUUUUAACAUUAAACUCAUCUUCAAGAGAUGAAAAGUAUUCUCGAAGUGAUCCUUGAAAUACAAUUACACUCAGUGUGUUUGGUGCUUCUCAAGAAUCAAGACAUUUGUGUUUCGACAAUUACAAUAGAAUCGUCUCGUUCACUGAAAGAUUUCUCGUGAAUUGUUUUUUGCUUCAUUGUUGUUUGUUCUUUUUUGACUUUAUGGAAUUGAGAUAAAUAAUUUAACAACAAUUUUAACAGCUGAUAAUUAGAAAAACACAUGGAAUUCAGAUGAAAGAAUAGACGAUUUAAAAUAUAGUCAGAAUGUCAAAUAGUUUGGAUAGUUUUUUAACACGAAUUGGAGAUGUGACAAUUGAAAGAGUCACACCCCGUGGUACAGCUCGUGUUCCUGAGCAAAAUGUUAUUCCAUCUGAUGCAUCAAUGAGUGUUAAUUUAACGCCAAUUUGUCCACCACGUCGGCUUCAUGAUCAAAGUUCAGAUGAUUCGAGUGGCGAAUUAUCGGAUGGUGAUUUAGAGAAAAAAAAUCGAGCACUUCAUCUUGACGAAAUGGAUGAUAUUCAUGCGGAAUGUUCAGCUGACGAUAUGGAUUUAGAUGAAACUAUUGAUUCGCAAAUUGGCGUCAGAAUGGAUUCAGAAAGGCAGCACAGAGGUUCAUCGUUAUUAGAUGAGGAUGAAAUCGACGACGAUGACGAUGAUGAUGUUGAGGGUGUGAAUAUUUUGGACACUCUUCCUUUGGAAGGUGCGCCAAUUGAGGGUCAAGAGGUGACUGAGGCGGAUCUUUUAGGAAAGCCAUUGUUAAAGGAAAUGGACGAUGAGGAUGAGAUUGAAAAAAGUGAGACACAGUCGGGAGAUGAGGAAGGACACAAAAGACAUGCAGAUUCCGAUGGUUCAGAGUCAGCGAUGAAGAAGCAAAAAAUUGAUGACGAUGAUGACGAUUCAACAUCGGAGUGUGAGACAAAAAUGGAAAAAAAGUUGGCGAACAUGAGGCGAAAUAUUCGUGAGGUAAUGGACGAGACACAACUUGAUGAGGCGACACUAUCGGCCCAACGACAGGAAAUGGAACGUCUUCGUCGUGUUCAGGAACAGCAGAAAAUAAUACGUGAGGUACAACGUCAAAUAGCAAUUAAUCGACAAAAUAGUAAAACCCAAACACGCGUUAUCAGUCUCUUGCAAGGUAAAAAUCAAGCAGGCACUACAAUUUCACAAACUUCACCUUCAUCAUCUCAGGUUCGUGUUCCUAGCACCGUUCUUCUCAAAGUGAAUUCUGGCUCUGGCGCUGGCUCACAAUGUUCAAGUCAAAAUCAAUCGGGACAGAUGAGAAGGCCCAUGGAGGGAAUGAAGUGGCAGAAAGGACGCGGUGCUUUUCAAGGUGCACAGACAUCAAUUUCAAAAGUACAGAGCAAACAAUCGAGCAGUGGGCCAAGUAUGCUGCAACAACGAAUCCGAAUGAUGACACCAUCCGUAAGUAUUUCUCCAGUUGUUCCCAAGAAGGAGCCAACUGAUAGAUCAGAGUAUUAUUCAGAUUCCGAUUUUUCGGAUGCCGAAGUGGAUGAACAAUUGCAGGAGAAACAAAUGCACACGAUCAAAAAAAUGUCAAAUGUACCAAAAAUGCCAAAACCACCGAAAGGUAAGGACGUAGUGACAAUAUCGAGUUCAAGUGAAAGCUCAGACGAUGAUUGUAUAGUAUUGAGCGAUCCAAGUGGAGGUGAAGAAACUGACAACGAUGAUGAUCCUGCAAAUUCGGGUAUGCAUACAAAUGAUCGUUACAAUAUUCCCGAUGAACAUGGUCGUGUAUUGAUCAACGUCGGUCAUCCAGACACCGAGCCUGAUGUAUUUCUAGCGCCUCAAGUUGCAAGAAUCAUCAAACCCCAUCAGGUCGGUGGGAUUCGAUUUCUUUUCGAUAAUAUCGUUGAAAGUAUCGAGAGAUAUCAAACAAGUUCCGGUUUUGGUUGUAUUCUCGCUCACAGCAUGGGUUUAGGUAAAACACUUCAAGUCGCCAGUUUUUGUGACAUUUUUUUUCGAUGCACCACUGCAAAAACGGUCCUCUGUAUUAUGCCAAUAAAUACUCUACAAAAUUGGUUAGCCGAAUUUAAUAUGUGGUUGCCGUAUGAGGAUCCAAAUGCACCAAAACCAGAACCAAUCGUUAAAACGGAACCCAGCGUUGAUGUUAAAUCAGAAAUCAAGGAAGAAGGAAAUCACAGUGAAUUAAAUACAUCUGAAAGUACAAAUCAAGAGAAUCCGAAUAUUUUGCAUGAAAAUGCAUUUCAAAAUCAAUAUAAUGCUCAUAAUGUGAUGACUGGAUUUGGACCCGAUGGUCUAAUAAACAAAGGUAUCGAACAAAAUUCUCUAAAUUCAAAUUUCCAUGGUAAUAUGAAUCCAAAUUCAGUUUAUGGAUCAAAUGUCAAUUCAAUGCCAAAUUAUACUUCAAUGAAUCCACCAAAUAUUCCGGGUAAUAAUUUUGGAAUGAACAAUCCAGGUAAUAUGUAUCCCAAUCAAAUGCAACCGCAAAUUUAUCCAGGAAUGGAGAAUCGUCCUGGACAAGUUUAUCCUGAAAUGAAUCCAUCAGCAGCUAAUCCAAUGAAUCCUCCCGUGAAUCCUAUAAAUAAUUCCACAAAUCCAUCGGUGAAUUCUUCAAUGAAUCCUCCAAAUAAUCCAGGAAUGAAUCCAACGAUCUAUAAUUAUGGAAAUCAAGCCCAAACAUACAACUUUGAUCCGGCUAAAGAAUCGAAAAAUGAAGCUGAUCAAAAUAAAAAAGAAUUGGAUGAAUCGAUUAAAAAAAAUGAGACAGAUGUGAAAGGGGAAAAAGUAAAAACUCCCUAUAUGGUGGAUGCUCCUGCAGGUUUAGAAAUAAGACCCCGUCAUUUUCGACUUCAUAUUCUCAAUGAUUCGCACAAAACAAUGACUGCCAGAUCAAAGGUGAUUAAAGACUGGCAAAAAAAUGGAGGUGUACUACUAAUUGGUUAUGAAUUGUAUCGACAAUUAUCGUUGAAAAAAACAAAUAAAGCAAAACGAAAACGUGGCCAACCUGUCAAGGAUUUAGACGUUGAGGAAGAUGAUAAAAAUAAAGGAUUAUUGGAAGAGAUGCAUUCUGCAUUAGUGAAUCCUGGACCGGAUUUAGUAAUUUGUGACGAAGGUCAUAGGAUUAAAAAUUCACAUGCAAGCAUUAGUUUAGCUUUAAAACAAAUGAGAACAAAACGUAGAAUUGUCUUAACUGGUUAUCCAUUGCAAAAUAAUUUAUUGGAAUAUUGGUGUAUGGUCGAUUUUGUAAGACCAAAUUAUUUAGGUACAAAAGCUGAAUUUUGCAAUAUGUUUGAAAGACCAAUUCAAAAUGGUCAAUGUAUUGAUUCAACACCUCAAGACAUUCGAUUAAUGAGAUAUCGUGCUCACGUUUUACAUGCACUACUCGAAGGAUUCGUUCAAAGAAGAUCACAUUCCGUUUUGCAGAUAUCACUGCCAAGAAAAGAAGAAUACAUUCUCCUUGUAAGAAUGACACCACAUCAACGUAAACUCUACGAUACAUUUAUGAAUCAAGUGGUAAAAACCCGUGCCGUUCCAAAUCCACUAAAAGCAUUUGCUGUUUGUUGCAAAAUUUGGAAUCAUCCCGAUGUUCUCUAUCAUUUUCUUCGCAAACGACAAGCCAAUGAAGAGGACGAUCUUGAUUUAGAAGAGACAAUCGGUGAAAAAACACCUCCAGGUGGUGCUAAACGAACAAAAGCACGUCAAACAAAAGGCGAAGGUAAAAAGGGAAAGAAAACAAUGAAAAAUAAACCCGCAGCCAGUGUACAACCAAAUUCAUCAUCAACAACAACAAAUAACGAUAAUAUCGAAGGCGAUAAUAAUUCCACAAAAUCAGGAAAUUUACCAAAUUUCCCAACACAACAAAAAAAUCCCCAAUUUCCAAAUGUUGGCUCAUCAAAUUAUCCCUAUCAAAAUUAUCAACAAAAUGAAAAUUAUUUUCGAAAUGACAAUUCACAGGGUGAAUUUGGCGAUUUUUAUCCUAAUCAAGAUCAACAAAGAUUUGGUAAUCAAAAUUUUCAACAAUAUCCACCGGGCUAUAAUAAUAAUUCAAAUCAAACUUAUCCAAAUCAACAGAAUUACAUUCAAGGUGGCAAUGAUCAAUCAUCAAAUCGAAAUCAACGAUUUCCAACGCCAACAAAUCCUGAAUUUCGUUCCGAACAAAAUCAGAAUAAUUUUGAAUCUGGUAUUUAUCCAAGACAACAAAAUUAUCCCUAUCAAGAUCAAGCUCGCAAUUAUUCAAAUAUAAAUCAAGAGCAAAAUUAUCCAAAUCAAAAUUCCAAUUUCCCACCACAUCAGACGCCAAUUUCUGAUUAUUCCACAUUUCCGAAUAAUCAGAAUCAAAAUUAUCCCACUGGAACUCAACCAAAUGCAAAUUAUCCACGAAAUGAAAAUCAAUCAACUCCACUUAAUUAUGGACCCAAUCAACAAAAUAAUACAUCCAAUAAUCAAGGAUUUAAUCAAAAUCAAAGUGGAAUUGUACCAAAUCAACGUCCUUAUCAACAAAAUCAGAAUAUUCCUAUUCAAAAUCAAGGUCACUAUACACAAAAUCAAAUUGUUUCAAAUUCACCCUCGGUUAAUUUCCCCGGCAAUCAAAGUGGCAAUUUUCCAUCAUCAACGAAUCAAAUUCAUUAUGGACAAAAUUCAAAUCAAGAAAUUCCAAAUCAGAGAAUGGGACAAAAUCAAGCAAUUGCCACCAAUCAGGGAUUAAAUUCAAAUCAAGGACAUCAGGGAAUGUCUCAAAAUUCGAAUUUACAACAAAAUCCUUAUUCUGGCAAUCAAACGAAUCCCACUUCACAAAAUCAUGGUUAUCAAAAUCAUAUGUCACAAAAUAGACCAUCAUCGUCAUCAUCAUCAUCAUCGAAUCAUGGAUAUUCAGGACAACCGGGACAAUCGGGUUCUGUUCCAGGACAAAUACAGGGUCAUAGAUAUCCUCUUAAUCAACCGAAUCAAGGAACAAAUAUCUAUCCACCGUCGCAGGGUCAAAAUCCCUCAAUUGCGCAAAAUAAUCAAAUUUAUCCAAAUUCCGAUAGUCAAAAUCAGAAUUUUGUCUCAACAUCCACAUCAACAUCGAAUGCUAAUCCAAAUGAAAAUUAUCAAACACAAAAUCCACGACCAUCAUCGUCAUCAGUAAUGUCAAAUUAUUCCAACGAUGGUAAUCAUUCAACACAAGGAUCACAAUUUAAGGAUCCAAAUGAUCCAUUUUGGCAGCAAAAUUAUUCACAAAUAAGACAAGAUGAUACAUAUUUCCGUGAGCCAAAUACUGUAAAUCGAUUUCAAAAUAAUUAUUUCCCACAGCAAAAUUAUCAAAAUCAAUCGUUUGAAUAUUCUGGAAAUCGUGUUGGUGAUGUGAAUCAAAGAACAGAUGAUACAAAAGCACCACGUGGGAAUACUGCUAUUCAUAUGCAGAGUGGAAAAGAUGUCAAUAGUAUUGGAGUUCAAAGUCAACCAUUGAUGCCAAACAAUGCUGCCGGCAGAGGUGGUUACAGUGGAACGGAUUCAAUGCCACGUCCAAUGAAUCCAUGCAUUGGAAAUAAUAAUCCAAUGAAUCAAAUGGAUUCAUUGAAGGACGAUGAGAAGGAAAAAGAUGAGACUGCCGAGAAGGAGAAGGAGGAAAAAUCCGAUGAUGAAAAUCUUACCAAAGACGAGGAGAAGGAUCUUAAAUGUUCUCCAAGUGGAAAAGAAGAUCCUGGAAUACCAUAUGAUUGGGCCACUGAAUUAAUGAAAGGCUACGUCCCAGGAUUGAUUGAUGCAUCAGCGAAAAUGACACUCUUCUUUUGUAUCCUGGAAGAAGCGAUACGCCUUGAAGAUCGUGUUCUCGCAUUUUCUCAAUCGCUAUUCACAUUGAAUCUCAUAGAAGACUUUUUAGCUAGAAAUAAUUUUAAAUAUCCCGAUGGCACAACGGACGCUUGGGUAAAAAAUGUGAAUUAUUAUCGAUUAGAUGGGAGUACAAGUGCAUUGGAAAGAGAGAAAUUAAUAAAUGAAUUUAAUAUUAAUCCAAAAAUACAUCUCUUUCUUGUAUCAACGCGAGCUGGCUCAUUGGGAAUUAAUCUCGUUGGAGCUAAUCGUGCAAUUGUAUUUGAUGCCUCAUGGAAUCCAUGUCACGAUACACAAGCUGUUUGUCGUGUUUAUCGAUAUGGUCAAAAGAAACCAUGUUUUGUAUAUCGAUUAGUAACUGACAAUUGUUUAGAGAGAAAAAUUUACGAUAGACAAAUUAGUAAACAAGGAAUGGCUGAUCGUGUUGUUGAUCAAUGUAAUCCGGAUGCUCAUCUUUCAUUGAAAGAAGCAACCACGCUCUCUUGGGAAUGGGAGGAAGACAGUCAAGUACAAGAUUUUUCACAAACAAAAGAUAGUUAUACUGAUGAAGUGAUGCAUACAGUUUUAGAUAAACAUUCAUCAUUAUUGACAAAACAACCAUUUCAUCAUGAGAGUCUUCUUGUUGAUCGUAAGGACAAGAAACUUAGUCAAGCUGAAAAACGUUUGGCACGACGUGGUUAUGAAUUAGAGAAAAUGGCAGCUAAUUGCUCACGUCCUAGUUAUAAUUAUGUUCCUGGAAACACUGCCACAAGAGCCGGAGGACUGCAAAUUAGAGCAAUUCGUGGUGCAGGUGCUGGAGGAAAUGGAGGUGGUGUAAUUGCCCCAGGGGCAAUGAGUCCAGCAGCUGGCGAUAUGGGACCAACGCCAAAACCUGUCGCUUCUGUGAGACCAAUGCAACAACGAGGAGUCGAAGGUGUUGGACCAAGAAGUGUUACUGGAAGUCGAUGGAUUCCCGCUGAAGUCUGGCAGAGACAAGGCAUGAGUGCUCAAGAAAUGACACUUCCAUUGGAUGUUGUUAUUCCCACAAAUUCACCAGACAAAGGCAGCAUUGUUCUAAAAGCCGGACAACGAGUUAUGGUCCUUAAGAGUCCAAAGGGUAUUUACAUGCAACUUGAGUCCGGCAAAAUUAUUGCGAUUCGAACAGCCCUUAAAUUAAAUCAACAAAAACGGGAAGACGAACCCAAAAAAGGCUUGGCCUCAAUGAUUCAAAGAAAUUCCAAAGCCGAAGUUGGUUUUCCAUUGCGUAACAAUGCGGCGAUUUCAAUAAUACCAAAAUCAUCAUCGAGUGCCCAAGGUACACGACCACCGCCAAAAUCAAAUCCCGCUCCAGGAUAUAGACCGUUCGCCGAUAAAGAAACAUCGAAAAAAAUAAAACCAAUUGCUACAGCGACUGCAAAACCAUAUACAAGUCAAAUGAAUCUCACAAAUCAAGUUUCCCUCUCGAGGCUACCGAGAGUUAAACAAGAACCCCUUGAUCAAGCAUCGCUUGGCGAAAAUUCAAAUUCCUCCGACGGAUCAUUAAGAUCCGAUCAAAGAGUCGAGGAAGUUAGACUCGAAGAUGUUGUUGCCGAAGUGAGUUCCAACGAAUACAGCCGUCCCACUCGUCCCAUUCAUUCCACAAAUCAAAAAUCCUCACUAAUUAAAUCACAACAUUAUCCAACUGACAAUGUUUCAUGUGUCCAAAAUGUACAACAACCAGAAUUACCGCCAAAAAUUGAUAAACCACCACAACCAUCAUCAUUAUCCGAAUCGAAAGAAAUCAAUCCUCCCGCUAAUCAAUUCCAACCAAAUUUUCCCAAACAAAUGAAGAUCAAUGAGGAGGCAUCGAUUUCAGCCCCCCCUCCAUCCAUUCAAUCAUCAGUUCCAUCGCAAGCAAUUCCAAUUGAAGCGGCAAAUACAAGUAAAAGUUCCGAUUCACCAACAACAGCAACAGAGCAAGAUAUUCCUCAACCUGAUAUUCAUGGUGGUUAUCCAUACGCACAAUAUCCAAGGUAUUAUGAUUAUGCAGAUCCAAGAUCGAGAUCAUUGGGAACGCCGUAUGGAAAUUAUUUUCCUGGACCACCACCUCAAUCUGGUAAUCCAAGACAAGAUGGUACAAAGACAACACAGUCUGAUUUACCAAAGCCAGCUGAUGAGACACAAGUGACGACGAAUAAAGUAGCAAAUACAUUUGUUCCACCUUCGAAUUUAAAUUCAACGCCAAUAGAGACAAAGGAGGCAAAAUCAAUUGAAAGUACUGGCAGUCCGUCAACAAAUACAACGGCAAAUAGAGAUGAAAAUCUUCCAUCAACUACUGCCUUUACACAUCCAACAGCUACUAGAUAUCCGGCACCAUAUCCUCCAGCUCCAUAUGAUCCCUACGCUCAACAUUAUCCACCGGCUCCUGGAUCAUCGGCCGCUUAUCCUCCUGGCAGUGCUCCGGGCUAUCCAGCCUAUGGUGGACCAGCUUACAAUGCAGAUUACGCUCGUAUGUAUUCACCAUUCCAUGGACCACCGCCAGCUGCGGAUCCCUAUAUGCAUAGAAGUUAUGCUCCACCACCUUCUGCACAUCCCCCUGGAUAUUAUCCCCCAUUCCCACAUCCUCCACCUCCUUAUCCUAAUUAUUCCUUCCUACCACCAUAUCCAAAUCCCAAUAUGCCCUCUGAACCUCAACCACCCCCUCAGUAAAAAUCGAACAAAUUGAUAGAAAUGAAAGAAAAAAAAAAGGAGAAAAACGAAUAUCCAAUGGCUGUUGAAGUUCGAAGAUUAAUAGACUGAAAUGUGUAAGAAGCGUCGAAAAAAUGAGCAAUCAGUCGCAAUUAUCGCAUCGAGGAUCAUCAUCAUCAUCAUCAUAAUCAUCAUCAACUUCGUUGUCAAGUAAGAAUAAAAAAAAAAACCCCCUGUGCAAUCGUGUGUGUUUUUAAAAAAAAAUUUUUUUCUCGGUUCGUUCAUCGCGACUGACUCUCUAUUAAUAUAUAUAUACAUAAAUGCAUAUAUAUAAAUAUAUUAGAAAUAUAUUAAUUAUGACGUUAGAGACUCUUCGAUUUGAUCUUCUAAAGAAAUCGAGAGUAUAUUUUUUUCUUUAUAUAUAUUUUUUUUUAAAAUAGAAAAUUUUAGUUAAAUUAAAAAUCAGAAUUUAUAUUAUUUAAAAACUUUUUAUCAUGAAACAAUUUAUACUAAUUGAAAUAAUUUAUAUUAAUUAUAAACAAUUUUGUAUAUUUAUUGAAAAAGAAAAUAGUUGACAUUAAAUCAAAGUAAAUUUUUAAUAAUUUAAGGACGUGAUUUAAUUCAUUUGCGAACUGGAAGUACAGUAUGUAUUUUGUUGUACUUGAAAAGAAAAAUUUACACGUGACACUUAAUUUUAGGAUGUCAGUCGAGGAGUAACUAAAGUCAUUCGUAAAAAAAAAAAAAAAAAAAAAUAAUGUGAGACACAAGAAAUAAUAUUACAAAAUAAUGCUUCGAAUAUUUGCAGCUAAAAUCAUUUUUUUAUACAUCUCUUCUAUAGAAAAUAUAAAAAGUUGUCAAAACUUGAUAUAUUGAAACUUCAUAGCUGUGCACAAUUUACUCCAAUAUAUGUAUAAUCCGUAGACAAAAUGAAACAAUUAUGUGUCACAAAAAAAAAAAAAAUCUCAAACUGAAUGAAAAUUAACGAUUAGUUUUUUUUCGUUAUUUUUUUUUUAAAUCUUUUAACGCUCCUUUAUUAAAAUUUAUUGGUGCUUGAUGAACUUUUUUUUUUUUUUUUUUAUUUAGAAUGCUUGCUAAUUUUUAGCAAAAAAAAAAGAAAAGAAUUAUAUUUAGUCGGUGUUGUGAUGACAAAUUUAAUGUUAUUCUUCGAUAUUUUUGUUCUUCUGAUUGAAAUAUUUCAUUCAGUUAUUCAGAUUAUUAUUUUUUAUUUUAUUUUAACGGUCAAUGGAAAGAUAUAAAGUUAUGAUAUUUUUUUUAUUAUUAUUAUUAUUAUUAAUAUUAUUAUUAAUUAUUAGAUAAACAUUGUAAAUAUUUUUGAAAAUAUCGAUAUUUUUUAUUCGUUUCUAUUGAUACGAAUAAUGAGACAAUUUAGUUUAAUGAUGACUAGAAUUUUAGAUUAUUUUUUAUUUAAAUUUUCUUCUUUGAAUCUUGCCUUCUUUAGUAAAAGCAAACGUAAAAUGAAAUAUUUCUUUCAUUUAUUAUCAUUUUUCUUUUUUUUUGAGUCGCAUGUUUAUUCUCAAAUAAUUGAAUUUUCUCAAAUAUAAAAUGUUGAAUAAUUUUUUAUUUCACUGGAGUUUAGUAAAUUAAAUAAUUUUCACUAAACCAAAUGAUAAUGAAUUGAAAUAAAAAUGGAAUUUAAUUUCAUAUAACUGAAAAAUAUUUUUUAUUAAUUUAAUAAAAAUUAAUUAAUAUUAAACUGAAAAAAAUUAUUUAUUUUUUAUUUCGAUUUGAGGGAAUUUAAUUAUUUGAAGAAUAUAAAAUUUGGAAAAAUAAAUUUUUUUUUUUUUUUUUUUUUUCGUAAAAUCAUGUAGGCCAGAAUUCAUUGUACACGCAUUAAUUAUUCAGUAUUCACACUCUUUGAGACAUUUAGCAGCCAGUAAAGAAAUUACAGCCUCUUUGUCGAGUUGUAUAUGACUAGGUAUUACUAUACUAAACGUUACGAUUUCUUAAAAUAAAAUUAAAAAAAAAAAAAAUUUAGAUAAUCUUUUGGUAGUUUGUAGGAUUGUUGUUAAUUAGGAGUGUCCUACAAUUUAUUAUUAGUAAUUGUCGUGGGACUUAACUAAAAAGAAACAAAAAAAAAAAAGGUAAAAUGGACAAAAAAAAGAAAACACAAAAAACAAACAUUUUAAUGAGAGGGGCCACGAUAUUCAAUAUUAAAUUUCUCUUCGACUCCUACUGUGAUAUUUUUAUCUCAAUCUCGUGCCUAUUAAUUUUCAACUUGUAUUUUGCCUUAGAGCAAUAAUUUAUUAUUUUUUUUUAUUAACUGUGAUUUUUGUAAUAACGCACUCUUGAAAAAAAAACAAGAUAAGACGAAAAUGUUAGAUUUAUUUAUUUAUUCUUUUUUUUUUUGCAUUUAAUUUUUGUUGGAAUAAUAUGUGGAGAGGGGGGAGAGGGAAAAAAAACGAGUGAAAAGACACGAGAUUUUUUUAUCGACUUUAUAAAAUGGAAAAUGCAGAGCAAAAAUGUCUGAAUGUCGUGGCACUCCCUUAAAAUAUUAUUAACGAUUAAUUAAUGAUAGAGCAGUAUAUUCACGCUGGUACAUUAUUAUUUGCGUGUCUUCCUAUGAAUCUUUUGCUUGUUCGAAAAAAAAUAAUUUUUUUAAAAUACCAUUUUUUAAAAAAUACAAAAAGGGUAUUUUUCUCCUUUUUACAAUAAAAAAAUUCUCCCCGAAAAAUAAAAAGAAAGGAAAAAAAUUAGGAAAAAUUAUGAUGACGCUGCAUUUCAUCAACUAUUAUAGAAAUUGUUGUGACACAAUUUUAUAUAAGUUUUAAUUGUAAAUGUACAGGUAUUAAGUGUCAAAUGGCAGCGUUUUAUGAUUAAAUGAAAAUAAUAUUUGAAAAAAAACAAGCAAAAGAAUCCAUUGGUGUAAUUUACGAUAAUGAUGAGAAAGAACUCUGUCUCUGUUAUAGCUUUUUGCCAUUUACAAAACUUGUAAAUAUCCAUUAUUUACAUUUCGUACUUUAUUUAUUUACAUUUAAAAAUAUCAAUUUAUUACAUUUUUUUUUUUUCGAUAAGUCGAAAUAUCACUUUUCUGUAAAAUAAAUUGUUCGCAUUAUGAUUGAUUGAUGAUUGUUUUUCAUCAUAUUAUUGUUAUGAAUGAGGAAAUCGAAGCUAUACAUAAAAAAAAAAAUAUAUAUAUAAAUAUAAAUAUAUAUAUAUUAAAUAUAUUAUACAUAUUAUCUUGUUUUUAAGUCGUUUACCUUUGUAUGAAACAAAAAUGAGAAAAAAAAAAAACAGUAACAUCACGUUACGAAAAACUGCCUAGGAUCUAUUUGAAUGUCACUACGAUGUGAAAAUUUAGGGCUGUAAUUAAAAAAAAAUAUAUAUACCCUAAUAAUACAAGUUCAAAGAUA